UUUUCGAGCGUUCAUUGUCAGCAGGUGACGUGAGGCUGGUUUGUUGCGGGCUGGUGGCGAUGUCUUAUUCAGGAUGAUAUCGCAGAGGGAAAGAGGCGAACUGGCUCGAUUUUACACCGUUACAGACCCGAAAAAGCAUAAAAAAGGAUACACGGUUUAUAAAGUCACAGCCAGGAUCAUCUCCAGGAAGAAUCCCGAAGACGUACAGGAGAUCACGGUGUGGAAGCGCUACAGUGAUUUUAAGAAGCUGCACAAAGAUCUGUGGCAGAUCCACAAAAACCUCUACAGACAGUCCGAGCUCUUCCCUCCGUUCGCCAAGUCCAAAGUCUUCGGCAGGUUUGAUGAGUCUGUGAUUGAAGAGAGAAGGCAGUGUUCUGAGGAUCUGCUACAGUUCAGCGCUAAUAUUCCAGCUCUUUAUGCUAGCCAGUACAUACAGGACUUCUUUAAGGACGGAGAGGUGCAGGACGGUUCCGAGCUCAUCGGGCCAGCAGAACCUUUUUCUGAUUUCUUAGCCGAUAGCCAAUCAGACAGCAGCUCUGAAGUUCAUAAGAGCAUUGGCGGCAUAGAUGAUUCGACCCUAACCAGUCAGUCAGAGUAUGGAGGUCCAUCUAGUGAAGGUGAUCUGAUUUCUCUGCUGGUGGAUGGAGACUCCCUGCCUGAUUUGGAUGAUGGAAUGGGCUCGGGCUGCAGUUCCCCAAACCAGCGGGCAGGAGGCAGUGGACGUUCCGUGUCCCCGAGCCGGACAGAGGUAGACCCGAGGCGGGCCAUCAGGGCAGCGCUUUUGUCCUCCAGCCACCAGAAGAAAGAUUAUUUGGAGAAAGCCAGUGAGCAGAUCAGCCUUGCUGUGCAGAAAGAGGUGGAGCAGGACUACGCUUCCGCCUUCUUCUACUACCGCAGCGGAGUGGAUUUACUACUGCAGGGAGUCCAAGGUGAAGUGAGUCCGCGCAAGAGGGAAGCCGUGAAGAAGAAGACAGCCGAGUAUCUGAUGCGAGCCGAGCUCAUCGCUAACACGUAUCUGAAAGACAGCAUGGGCCAGAACUCCACUCAGAACCGGACUCUGGCUGCUCAGUGCUGUAAGGGGUCAUGGGGUCAGCAGAGUCAGUCUGAUGAAUUGCACAACUACAGAGUGUUGGGGGUCAUCGACAAGGUGCUGCUGGUGAUGGAUAAGAGGACACAGGAGAUGUUCGUCCUCAAGGGACUGAGGAAGAGCAGUGAGUGUGGACGUGUGAAGAAGACCGUCGUCCCCCACACGGUGCCCAACAUGGUACGUCUCAGGAAGUUCAUCAUCUCUGAGGACUCCAUUUUCCUGUUGCUGCAGUACGCCGAGGGGGGUAAAUUGUGGUCCCACAUCACCAAGUACCUGCAUGAAGGAAGUCAAGAAGACAGCUUUGACAUCCCCUUCAUCCAGAAGUCCCACACAACGACAGUUCACUGCACCGAUGCCUUGAUCAGCUCUGAGAGCAGCGGCUCACGGCCCAGCGUUGAGCUCAAGGAAGACCAGGAGGACGACGAGUCCCAGACGAAUCUCGCAGUCCCGAGCAAGCGCAGCUCACAAGCCCCCCUGUCUGUCUCUUCAGAGGAAGAAGAGUGCACCAGCAGCUACCUGACGCUCUGCCAUGAGUACGAGCAGGAUAAGGUGGAGCCUGAGGCUCUGGGCGAGGAAGAUGAAGACGCAAAAGAGGUCGAGGAAGAUUCUGGCGGUCUCAGAGGUGAAGGCUCUGGUGCAGAGGCGUUACCGAGGUCAUAUCGAGGCUCGGUAAUAAGCAACGAUAGUUUGUGUUCUCCAGGUGGUGGCCAUGAGCUGUGCUUCUUCACCGAGGAAAACGAGGAGCUUGUUGACGAGCCUAUUCUUGAUUCUCUGGACCAGUUGAAACGUUCACCCAUGGAGUUGUUUCGAAUUGACAGCAAGGACAGUGGUGACGCAUCCCGAAUGCUGUUCUCCACCUCAGACCUUGGCUCGGAGGUAACAGAGGUCACUGAGGAUCCUUUGGAGAUCGGUGGAGUAGUGGAGGUUAAAGGUCACCUGACCGAUCUAUGGCGGUUCGAUAGUGAUCAGGGUUCUAAUGAAUCUGUGCCUGUGAUUUCUUUCAAAGAGGCCAUGGUGGAAGACACAAGCACAUCUUGUGCUGAUGAGGGACAACCUCCGGAUCUUUUAGUCAACCUUCCAGGGGUCACGGGCAGUGAUCUCGAGGAGGAGCUUGCAGCAACAGGUGUGGCUUUUGCUGUAGAAGCCAAGCCCUCACCUCAACUUGGCAAACCAGAUGUACUCCAGCUGGGAGAGGAAGCAGGCCUGGAACUAAACGUUGAGGACCGUGUCUCUGUUUUACGUAGCCAGUCGAACCCAGAACCGUCUGAACAGAAAGACCAUGCCUGUUCCAUAAACCGCAACACAGAAUAUCGGACACUUUCCCUUCCCUUUGAUUCUCUCACUCUCAGGACUGAAAUUGACCCCAUCCUCCCACCACCCUCUGCAGGGUCAGAGGUCACAGAGAAGAGGGAGGGCAGGAGUGUGUCUGAGAUAUUCCGAGAGCUGGACGAGUUAGCCGAGGUGGCGCUGCACACACACCUGCCCGAGGCACUGGUGAGGAGUUGGGCGGUGGACAUGUUGCUUGCCCUUGACGCACUGCAUCAAGAAGGAAUCAUCUGCAGAGAUCUUAACCCCAACAACAUCCUGUUGAAUUACAGAGGUCAUAUCGAGCUGACUUACUUCUGUAGCUGGACCGAAGUGGAGGAAUCCUGCGAUCCAACUGCUGUCACCAAGAUGUACUGUGCACCAGAAGUGGGCGGGAUAUCGGAGGAGACGGCGGCGUGUGAUUGGUGGAGUUUCGGAGCACUUCUCUUUGAGCUUCUAACAGGAAAGUCCCUUCAGCAGUGCCACCCCGCUGGAAUCAGCAGACACACAUCGCUGAAUAUUCCAGACUUUGUGUCAGAAGAGGCCAGGUCCCUGCUGGAACAGUUGCUGCAGUAUAACCCUGUAGAACGACUUGGUGCGGGUGUCGGAGGAGUGGAGGAUAUCAAAUCACAUCCCUUCUUUGCUCAUGUGAACUGGCCUAACUGAAUUGGCCAGAGGCCAAAGGUCACCCGUGUUACUGACUGAACUGAGAGCUGAAUUGCUGCAAAACACUCUCCCUCCCACCUAUCUAUCUAGUUAGCUAGCUAGCUAUCUUGUGUGUGUGUGUGUGUGUGUGUGUGUGUGUGUGUGUGUGUAUCCUGAGAGAAAGAAGCUAAUCAAAUCAACUGUCUUCUCACUGCACUGAAGACUCAUCCUACACUGUCGUUCCUAAACACGCUGAUAUCCAGGAUAAAGAGUAACUUUCCCAUCAUGCACUACGAGUCCCUGUGACACGUUUUACUGCACCAUUCAUUCAUUCAUCUUCAUGACAUGAUACAGUGGUGCAGAAUGAUGAUCCUGUUUCAAAUGGUUGUGCUGUUAAAAGAAACGUUCAGUGUCUACAGUUUCGCACUGGAGCUGAGAGUAACUAAAGGAAUGGUGCUAAUAACUAAUGGAAGCUUAUCCAUCUUUAUUAUUAUUAUUAUCAUCAUCAUUGCGUAAACUGCCUAAAUGUCACGUGAUUAUUAAAAAGUCGUACUACAUAAAGUUAAGUUUGUUUUUAAACUUUAUACCUUAUCGAUACAUGACACCCGCUUGAAUUUCCGACGACUGGUGUAACUUUAGCUAAAUAUCAUUUUAGUUAGCACUUUUCGAGCUACUUCGGAAGCUAGCGAGUUAGCAAGCUAGCAUGUUAGGUUGCAACAUAGCAAGUCAUUAUGUCGAAGGAAAUGAGUGCAAACCAACAAGGGAAUUGUAGAUGAGCAGGUUUCUAUAAACCAAAACACUCUUUGUGCUGCUAACGAAACAACACUCAACUAGCGACAAGCUUCCCUUAAUUGCUAGCUGCAUAGCUUUAGUACAAAUCUAAAAACGAAAACGUAAGUGGAAAUCGGAAAUGUUCUGACAUAAAAAUGAACGUUUCACUCAAGUAGGAUUUUAGUCGAAGUAGGAAGUAAUGUACGUUUGUCAUUUUCCUGCUUGGAAACAUUUUUUAUAUCAGGUUUUGUGUGUGUGUGUGUGUGUGUGUGUGUGUGUGUGUGUGUGUGUGUGUGUGUUGGAACAUUUAAAAAAAAAAAGGCCUGAAGUCAGAGAUCAAAUACCCUCCCUUUCUUUUUUUUACCCUCUAUUUAUUUCACAUUUGCUCCAGAACCCAACUUGUGCAGUAUUACAUUACAUUAAAUAUCACUUAAGUAGAUCAUAGCCAAUUUGAGUUAUUAUUUUUAUCAUUAAUAUUGUUAUUAUUAAAUGUGCAUUUUUAUUUUGCACUUGACCAAGGUCAACUUGUGAACAAGUCCUAAUUUUGGGUGUAAUUAUAUAAACUAGAUGAUGAAUAUUGAAGACUAUUUAACAUGCCCUGCUCACGUGACCCUUUAUUAGCUUCCACUUUGCACUUGGAGUAGAAAAAAGGGGUCAAGGGGUCCGAAAUUUGAAUAAAAUUUCAAAGCAUUCAGUUCCAAAGAUCACUGAAACCACCCUUAAAUAAAUAAAUAAUAAACCACAGAUAUAUGACGAGGUCUGGUUGGACGGUGAAGGAGAGCUGAGCUGAAAUCUGAACACGCACUUCAUAUGGAAAUACUACUACUACUACUACUACUACUAAUACAUUUUAAAAUACAGUACAACAGGGUUGUAAAGUCUGAGUCAUAUGUUAAAUCCAGCAUGAAUACACAAUUUAUUAUUUUAUAAUUAUCGAGUGAAGUUCUCAUAUUUCCUUUUCACACACUAUUAGCUUAACUUUUUUUAAUCGUUACAGUAUUCUGCAAAAGUCCUGUAAAAUUCCUAAGGUGAAAAUGCUUUCAAAAAAGAAUGGGAAGAGUUUAUGAAUAUGAACAACCUUUAAAAAGAGUCGAAUCAAGUUUGCUGUCAUUUUGCCUUUUCUCUCAAACUGCAUCAGUUAAAAAAAUUUAACAAGGCAGACUUUUGGAAAAAUUAUUUGCUUUUUUUUUAAGUAAAAAAUGAUUUUUCAAAAGACAGUUUUUGCAGAAAAGCUAAGUUGAAAUGUAUAAAAUGUUUCUGAUGUGUAUAAUUAUGCAAAUAUAUUAUGUACAGUGUGUAUAAUUAUACAGUAUAAAACAAUUUGUUUUUUUUUUUUCUGUUUUUUUUUUUUUUUUUUAAUUAAAUGAACUGACUCAGAUUUUGGGACUCUUGUGUAGAUCAGUGUUCUAUGGUUUACAUUUGUAACUAUAUAUGAGCAUGCAGAAAGUGUGUGUAUGUGAGAGAGAUGAAUUUGCUCAGAUGGGUUGUGUGUGUGGUGUGAAAUAUAAAAGACAAAAAACUGAAAUACUGUAAAAUAAAAGAAUUCCUGAUACCAAGGCAUUAAAAAAGUGAAUGUUGAAUAAACGUCCAGUUCAUGAA